GCCCCUUGCAGACCAGUCUCGGGAAUUGCUUGCAGGCGAAAGCUUCAUCAAGCUCCAUUGGAAUUCACUGUCUGUUUUCUCCAGAUUGCAGAAGAGGAGAAGCAAGCGCCGAAAACAAGCAGAUGUGAGCUGGACUACAUAGAGAAUAACCAGCAGCAGUAGUUACGGAAACCUUUGAUUCUACUAAAAUGUGGCAGCCAGCGACAGAGCGAUUGCAGCACUUCCAGACGAUGCUGAAGACCAAGCUGAACGUGCUGACACUGAGGAAGGAGCCGUUGCCCACGGUGAUAUUCCACGAGCCGGAGGCCAUCGAGUUGUGCUCUACCACCCCACUCAUAAAGAAAAACACCCAUAACGGCUACAAGGUGACGUACCUGGGCAAGGUGACCAUCUCAGGGACCCAGUUCCUGUCGGGCUGCACAGAGUCGGCAGUGGUGGGCCUGUGGGACCGCCGUGCGCUGGCCCAGGAAGAGCACCUCCCUGCCAACUCCCUCCUGGAGAUCCGCCCCUUCCAGGUGCGCCUGCACCACCUGGAUGGGCGCGGUGAGGCCUCGGUCACCAUGGACACGUACCAGGUGGCGCGCAUCGCCUACUGUACGGCGGACCACUGCACGAGCCCCAAUGUGUUCGCCUGGAUCUACCGGGAGAUCAACGACGACCUGACCUUCCAGAUGGACUGCCACGCCGUGGAGUGUGAGAGCAAGCUGGAGGCCAAGAAGCUGGCCCACUCCAUGAUGGAAGCCUUCCGCAAGACCUUCCACAGUAUGCGCAGCGAUGGACGCAUCCACAAGAGCGGCUCCUCGGACGAGUUCGCCACUGACGACUCCGCUCCAGAUGACUCCACCCCCGAGGAGGACAGCUGAGCACCCGGGUUGCCGCCCCCCUCCCCCGGUCGCAAGCCGUGAGGGGAGGUGCACAGGUGCAGCCGGAGCACUCUUUCUACUCUCUGUCUCUCUUACUCUACUCUGGUUUAAGGAAAAAACUCAAAUUGACUGACGCACAGACCGCAAACGCCGACUAAAGAAUGACAAGGACGUAGUUUUAAAAAGGGAAAAAAUUAUAGGAGGACAAAGGAACCACAGGAGAUGAAACAUAUGGGGAAGCCAAACUAAACUAGCACUGCCUCUUUGGAUAAAUAGAUCCUCAAACAUCUGGAUAGCCAUUGAAGCGCAUGAUCUGCCCAUUAGAGAUGAGUGAAUAAUGGUUAUAAGACAUUCCCAAUCGACGCUGCUGUCUGUCCGUCCGUCUGUCUGUCUGCAAUGUGCAGAGAGACUCUGCCUCUUUACCCCGCCGUGCGCCCCUUACUCAGCCCUUCCCGCCCAAUCAAAAGCCAAGAUCACGUCCUAAGAAUCCCAGAUCACUGCCUCAUGUUCUGACUUUAAAACAACAACACUAUGGAGUUACGAGUUAUGCCUGUAGCACUGUUAAAUGUGGGAUAUAAAGAGAAAGCCUUGACUCUAAUAUAUGUGUGGAAGGUUGCCGGGAGGAGGGAGGUCUUGACAUAUUUAUUAGGCCACAAGAGUGUCAUCUCUUAUCGAUCACAUUUUGAUUCCUUUUUUGGAAGCAUACCAAAAGUGAGUCUUUUAGCUGUGUCUUGUCUGUUGAUUUUGUGCCUCACUUCUAACAUACCAAGGCUGGUCUCUGUCCCGCAAUCCCAAACGUGUGCGUGUGUGUGUGUGUGUGUGUGUGUGUGUGUGUGUGUGUGUGUGUGUGUGUGUGUGUGUGUGUGUGUGUGUGUGUGUGUGUGUGUGUGUGUGUGUGUGUGUGUGUGUGAGUGUGUGUGUGUGUGGAAUGUGUGAUCUAAGAAAAAGGAUUGUCUGGAGAGAGAGCAUGACCGAUAAUGGGCUAGUAAUCCAACUAGAAGUGUAAAACCUGUCACAGCCUUUGUGGCAUCCAUUUUGGGAAGCUCUGCAGGGCUUUUUAAAUUUAAACAAGAAUGUGACCAUUUGACACAUUUUUUUGUUUUGUAUGAAAAGGGAAAGUAAAUGUGACAGUCACAGAAACCGAUGUUCUUGGACCCCAAAAAUAGCCAUCCAUAAAGAAUACCUGAAGCCUCUUGGCCUGUGCUGAAUGUAUUAUAGGUAUGUUGUGCUGCAAGCUCCUUACACCUUUUAGUUACUUUGUUGUUUUAGUGCAUUUCUUCUACAUAGUUUUAUCUGGAUUAGGUGCAGUUGGCUAGGGCAGUUUUCUGUACAGACACCUUAAGGGAACAAUUAUGUCUUGUGGGCUCGAUGCGUGUUGAGUCCAUGAACAGACACACACAGUUCAGUUUCCCUGGGCUGUCGAAGGGUAUGAGCGACCAUUCUGGGGCAACUGGAAGCCUCUACGACACAAGAGCUCCACCCCUCCCACCCCCUUUUCGAACAAGACUCUUUUGAAUGGACUGGUACUCACAGUGGGUGGGUGAUGUAUUUUUUUCUGUUGUGACUGAAGCAGAUUUUAUUAAGAUGGCUCUGGUCAGUACGUACAUAUAUAAAUAUAUACAUUGUAUUUGAAACUCAUUCAAUAAGCUUAUGUAAAUACAAAAAAAAAUAUCUGUUUCCAAAUAUUACAGCAUUAAAUGUUGAUAGCUAUUUUAAAUAAACAAUGGGAACAUCAAAGACAUCACCAGUGUUUUAAAGUCAAUUGCGAAUAUGUAUGAGUUCCAUAGAACUGGCUGUUGAGAGGGUGUGUGAGCCCGGGACACAGGGCUUGAAAUGCCAGGAUGACAGGAGGAGGGAAUGUUUAUAAAGCUGUAGAUUACUGUGUCAUGUCUUGUCUGAAGGCUCGGACGUGCUUUAAAUGUCUGGAAAUGUUACCAUAAGUGUUUUCUAUACAGAAUUUGCAAAGAUAAAGAAGGCAUCACAUAUAAACUAUUUACCAAGACUGAC